AUGAAAAAGCAUUUGGCGAAGAUAGGUGGAGACAUUAAGAAGUGUUCUAAGGUCCCGUAUGAUGUAGAAAAACAAAUGCAAGGUUUAUUGAAAGAGAUUCAGAAAAGUAAAACUAGUAAAAGGAAAGUCAGUUUCAAUGAAGAGGGUACCGAUGAGUGUGAGGAUGCAAUUGAUGAAGCAAUAGCGCAAGACGAACAACAAACUCCGAGUCAGUUACCAACUAAGGAGGUUGUUGGAGGCGAUCCAAAAAAGAAAGCAAAAACCAUUAUUCCUCCUAUGUUUGCACCAAGAACAACUCCGGGCAGUCAACGAAGUCUGAAAAGCGUGUUUCAUAACAAAGAGGCGCUUCAUGAAGUUGAUAAGCGAGUGGCUAGAUGGCUUUUGGAUUGUAGGAUUCCUUUCAAUGCGGUUAUGUCACCUUUUUUUCAAGAUAUGUUGGAUGGUGUAGCUGGCUAUAGGCCUGGUUAUAUAGGUCCUUCUUAUGACUCUUUAAGGGUUAACUUAUUAGCCAAUCUCAAAAGGGAGUGUCAAAUGGUUGUUGAUAGCUAUACGUCUGCUUGGAAAGAAACUGGAUGUACUCUCAUGGCUGAUGGUUGGACAGAUCAAAGACAAAGAAUGUUGAUUAAUUUUUUGGUUUAUUGUUCGAAAGGGUUGUGCUUUAUGAAAUCUGUUGAUGCCUCAAGUAUGGUUAAAAAUGCUUCUAGCUUGUGUGACUUGUUUUCAGAGGUGAUUGAAUGGAUUGGACCUGAUAAUGUUGUUCAUGUAGUAACCGAUAAUGCUGCGAAUUAUGUUGCUGAUGGUAGGCUUAUUAGUAAGAAAUUUGAAAAUAUUCACUGGUCACCUUGUGCUGCUCAUUGCUUGAAUCUUAUUCUAAAAGAUAUAAGCAGCAUGCCACAUAUUUCUAGCCUUGCAACACGUGCUUCGAAGAUUACUGUGUUUGUAUAUAAUCAUACGGUGUUCUUGUCCUGGCUAAGACAAAAAGAUAAUUGGAAGGAGAUUGUUCGUCCAGGUCCAACUCGUUUUGUCACUGUCUUCCUCACAUUGAUGAGUAUCUUUGAGCGCAAAUCGGAAUUACAACAAUUGGUUGUUGAUACACACUUUACCGGACACAAAUUAGGAAGGAGUGCUAAUGGUAGAGCUGUGAGUGCAAUUAUCCUAGACAAUAAAUUUUGGGAUGAUUAUUUUACUGUAUGCCAAAUUGUGAGUCCGUUGAUUAAAUUGCUGAGGUUUGUAGAUGCCGAUGAUAAACCAUCAUUGGGAAUUAUUUAUGAAGGUAUGCUGAGGUCAGAAAAUGGAAUCAAAGAAAUGUUCAAGCAUAGGAAGAGUGCAUAUCAACCUUACACAGAGAUUAUCAACUCAAGAUGGGACAAACAUUUGAAAAAAAAUAUUCACGCAGCAGCCUAUUGA